AUGAAUCGAGGCGUCGACGACGAUAAGCUGGACGAAAGCAUGGCGUCCAAACACGCCACUAUCACCACGCAGCCCUUUGCAACGCCGGACCCACAGCGAGCCGCCACUUCGCACGAACUCGACUCAGGCAGAGACUCCUCUGACGGUCCUUCUUCCUCGUGGACUCGCAAUCCACGCUCUCACGCUCGCAACGUCGCUCGCAAAUUGACCACUCGCCAGGGCUGGCUCGGCGACUACAACUUUGGCGCGCUCUGCCUGCCCCGUCUUCUCCCCUGGAAGCCAGAGUCCAAGCUCAAUGGUGGUGCAGCCGAGUCUCCCUUCUAUGGCGUUCAUGAUGAUCUCCCCAUAGCAGUUGCAAUGAUCUGCGGGCUGCAACACGCGCUGGCCAUGCUGGGCGGUCUGAUCACUCCGCCUAUGAUCAUUGCCUCUUCGCUCAACUUGUCCGGUGAGACCUCGGCGUACCUCAUCUCAGCGAGUCUCAUCACCUCUGGCAUCCUCUCCGCGAUACAGCAGUCAGCGAUUCCGCUACCCUUCAUGGGUGGACGCCAGCUGGGUACGGGCCUACUUAGCGUCGUUGGAACCAGCUUCACCACAUUAUCGGUCACCACUAGCAUCUUCACCAACCUCUACGCGGAAGGCGUCUGCCCACUCAACACGGACGGCAGCCGAGGGGCGUGCCCCGAAGCAUACGGCUACCUGCUCGGCACGGCUGCAGUUUGUGCUCUGCUGGAGAUCGCGCUCUCCUUCCUUCCACCGAGGGUGCUGAAGCGCAUGUUCCCGCCCAUCAUCACGGGCACUGUCGUCGCGUUCAUCGGCAUCAAGCUCAUCGGCGAAUCGGCCAUCCCCUCGUUCGGCGGCGGCGCUUCGUGUCAUGGAACAACCGACCUUUGCCUCUUCCCUGACGGCCGUGCCUACAUCUGGGGCGACGCGCACUACCUCGGUCUUGGCUUUCUGGCUUUCAUGACGGUGGUGCUGACCGAGAUCUUUGGCAGUCCUGCCAUGCGCAGUGCAUCGAUCGCCAUCGGUCUCCUGUUCCCACUCAUCAUCGCCGGGCCUUUGGGAUACAUGUCCAGCGCUCCAAUCGACUCGGCGCGCGCCACCACCUUUCUCUGGGUCGAGACCUUCCCACUCCGAGUAUACGGUCCUGCCGUCCUCCCGCUGCUGGCCGUAUACAUCUCGCUCAUGAUGGAGUGCAUCGGUGAUGUCACGGCCACCUCUGAAGUGAGUCGCGUCGAGGUGGACGGUCUGGCGUACGAUCGACGCAUCAGCGGUGGUGUGCUCGUUGACGGUCUCGCUGGCGUAUUCAGCGCGCUGUUCACCGUCCCGCCGCUGUCGGUGUUUGCGCAGAACAACGGCGUCAUCGCCAUCACCAAGUGCGCCAAUAUCCACGCCGGGCGGUGGUGCAGUUUCUGGCUCAUCCUGUUCGGCAUCAUUGGCAAGCUGGCCGGGUGCGUGCGGGCCAUUCCGCAGCCGGUGCUGGGCGGUGUGCUGCUGGUUCUGUUCGGCUCGAUCGCCGUAUCUGGUGUCAAGGUGCUGCAGAAUGUGACGUUCACGAGACGGAACAGGUUCAUCCUGGCUCUCAGCUUUGGUUUUGGGUUCGGGACGUUGCUGGCCGACGACCUGUUCAGCAACCUGUUCACGUAUUCGGGCGGGAACAAGGCGCUAGCCGGAUUCUUGGAUAGUAUCAUCAUUGUCAUUUCGACGCCAUUCCUGAUCAGCGCGAUCGUCGGGAUGAUUGCGAAUGCGGUGCUGCCAAUGGACGAGGAGGAUAGGCAGCUUCAGAGGGAGAGGGAUGCGCCUCGCUUGCAAGGCAAGUCGUCUUUCGAUGAGAAGCUGUCUGCUUGA